AUGAUAUCAGGAAGAACAGAGAAAGUGUCAACGUUCAAAAGAAAACCCGGCGUGUCGUGUGCCACUUUUAAGAGAUUGUCUCUUAAUAUUUUUAGCAAUAAAGCUGUGAUCGUAUUCAGUUAUUUCAAGCUUCAAUCAGACGACAAAUGUCCAAAGCUUGAAAAACUUGUAAAGAACUUUAAACUGUUCUAUAUGCUUCCUGAUCUUGAUUUAUCGAUUAUCGAUCACGUUAUGAUUAAUUAA